AUGUUCCUAAAGAACAUCAACCCUAAGAAAUUCUUUGUUGAAGGGUCGGUGAGAGUAAAGUUCAUUCGUAAUUUAAAACAAAAGGUGGUUGGUGGAUUAAUAUCAGCUAACGCGUUGAGCGGAGCUAGCGGCGUGGGCUUGGUUCCCACGCUGGUGUCAGAGGCUGCCGUGAGUGCGGACGUGGAGAUGGUUCAGGAGGGGAGCGCGGGGAGCGAUAGACUCAUCGCCCCGCGCCGCCUGCCGAACCCUUGUUUGGAGAAUCCUCAACGUAUGGAUCUGCACAGGGAGCUGCUUUUCAAUCAAAGGAUAGGAAAGAAUGUUCUUAACCAGAAAAGUGAACUGGAGAGGGCCCUGUCGAAACACAAAGAGAAGCAGAUUUUAAAUCAAGUAAAGGAACACCGGGAGACCCCAGAAUUAGAACGAGCAAUAGCCGAGCGCGCCCGUCGUUUAGAACAAGCGCAGGAACAAAACACAGAAGAAAUAGAAUCGGGUACUAACCCAACGUUGCAAGAGGUGCGCGCGCGGCUCAGACACGCCGCGCCCCCUGCGCCCCCCGCGCCCUCUCCCGCAGCCUCCGCGCAUUAA